AUGGGCCUCCAUGGGGCUCUGAGGUGGGCUCCUGGGCUCACUGGCCAGAGCCGCCCUGCAGACGGUGGGUAUCAGCCUCACACGGGGGCUGUCGGGGGGGCAGGCAGCAGCUGGGCCUCAGAGGAGGCUGGCAGGGUGGGAAUGGCUGCCAUGUUUCUGUGGAAGGUCAACGAGGGGCGAGCCGGCCAAGCGCGCAAACAAACGUCGAGGCAUCCACAGGUUUCGGUGCAGAGGAACCAGGAAGCAGGCUGCGGGAGCAGGCUGUUCGGCCUCCGAGCUGCGCCUACCCUUUCCAGCACCCAGCCCGCCAACCGGAGCCGGUCCACCGGUGUGAAGACAGCAGCAGAGAGAACAACUUUCCGCCUGAAAGAGCAAGAACAUGUCCAAGGCUCCGGAUUCUCCAUCUCGACCCCGCUCCAGGACCAGCGUCGCUACAGUUCCAGGUCUCGGUCCCGCUCCCGGUCCCACUCGCCGUCCUACCGGAGCUACCCCUCUCGGGACUACCAGAGCAACCGGGGGGGCUUCCGGGGCUACAACCGGGGCUACCGCCGGCCCUUCCACUACCGCGGCCGCAACCGUGGCUACUACAACCGCGGCCACUACCAGAACCGAGGCGGCGGCUACGGCUACAAGCCCAACUGGCAGGGUGGGGGGGGCGGCUGGCAAGACCGGCGCCAGGACCAGCACAGCCCCAGGAGGGGGCGCUCCCGCUCCCGCACCCCCAAGAAGCGCUCCGGCAGCCGCAGCCGCUCCCGCUUCUCCGACCGCUCGUCCUCAGCCAAGUCCCGCCGCUCCAAGCACUCCAGCGCGUCCUCGCGGUCCCGCUCCCGCUCCUCCACGCCGCAGCGCCGCCGCAGCAGCAAGGGCCGGCCGGCCAAGGACCCGAAGGACAAGCAGCCCGAGGGCCAGCCCGACAAGCCGGGCACGGCCGCCGACGGCAGCGUCAUCGAGAAGACCUCCGGGGGCAAGUGGCUCGACUACGAGGGCAGCCCCAAAGCCGGGAGCCCCGAGGCCAGCCGGGAGGAGUCGCCGCCCCCCCGGCCCGACAGCAAGGGCUCGGCCAGCGGCAGCAGCGGCGCCCUGUGGAAGAGCGUCGGCUCCACCACGCCACCCGCAAAGAGCCCCACCAGGGCCGGCCAGACGGCCUCCUUCAGCGGCUUCGGCUUCUUCACAAAGGACGAGGCCAAAGCCGGAGACAAGACCGUCAUCUCUGCUGCCUUCAAAAAGUUCCUGGCUGAGAACAAAAGCAAAAAGCAGGCUACCGAUAAAGAGAACGGCCGUGAGAAGCAGCCGUCUGCUGACAGGGAGCUGGAGAAGGCCGCCAAGGCCGGCGACCUGUUCUGCAUGCCGUCUGCGUCCUAUGGCGAGCUGAAGGAUGACAAAGUGCUGCCCUUCUUCGACGACGGCGAGGAGGAGUUCCUGAAGUCCCAUGGGCUGAAGGAGCGGGCAACGGAGGAGGACGCCCAGCUUAAGCACGGCCUGACCUCGCGGGACAUCUUCGGGAAGUGGGACGAGGAGGUGAGCUACCCGGCGCCAUACAAGGAGAAGAGCCGCCGGGACGCCGAGGAGGAGGAGCCCGAGGAGCCGCCGGAGGAGGAGCUGUACCGAGGCCGCAAGCACUCCAAGAAGGAGGAGAAGGCCAAGAAGAAGGAGAAGAAGGAUAAGUCCCGGCGCAGCGCCUCCCCGCCCAGCACCUCCAAGGAGAAGGACCGCCCGCUGUUCCCUGGGGCGUUCCCCCCCCGCUCGCCGUCGCCCGCCCGCCGCCUGUCCGCCUCCCGUGAAGACUUCGAGCUCAAAAUCAGCUCUCUAGACGACAUCCCUGGCUCAUCGCUGGCCAAAGAGCGUGCGGCUCCCGGCGAGCUGCUGGCCUCCAGGAAGGACCCGGCCUUCCGCUCCAUCUUCCAGCACAUCCAGACGGCGCAGCUGCGGCGCAGCCCGUCUGAGCUUUUCGCCCAGCACAUCGUCUCCAUCGUGCACUACAUCAAAGCCCAACACUUCCACUCCUCAGACAUGACUCUGAGCGAGCGCUUUGCCAUGUACCAAAGAAAAGCUGCAGAGGCAGAAAUGAUGAAGCCAAGGAAGAGCCCCGAAAUCCACAGGAGAAUCGAUGUUUCCCCCAGUGCCUUUAAGAGGCACUCUCAGCUGUUUGAGGAUGUGGAGGAGGCGAGCUACAAGGACGCCAGCAAAAAGUUCAAAGGCGACGUCAUGGACCUGCGCCUGGAUAUUGAAAGGCGCAAGAGGUUUGCUGGGAGGGAGCGAGGCCGGAGCCCCGGGGGCUCCAGGGGGCCCAGCCGAGGGCCCAGCCGGGAGAGGUCCUCCGAGAAGCCUGGGAAGCACCACAAGAAGUCCAAGAAGGGCAAAAAGAAGCGGGACCGCUCCCCAUCUUCCUCCUCCUCCUCUUCCUCUCCGUCCCCCUACCCCCCCUCCUUCAGGGGCAAAGAGUACAUGGCGGGGGAGGGGCCGGAGCCCCCUGAGGAGGCCUACGGCCACACGCGCUACCCCCCCAGGGACUACCCUCCCCGGGACUACCCCCAGGACCGGGCCCCCCGGGACUUUGAGGGCCAGGCGGCGGACCGAGGACGAGGCCGCGGCUUUUUCCCCAGGGUCAGAGGGAGGGGCUGGAACAGAGGAAACUACCCUGGAAACAGCAACGGGAACCCGGCCAACAUGAACCCCCCGGUGCGCCCCCCCGAGGAGGAGUGGGACCCCGAGUACACCCCCAAGAGCAGGAAGUACUACCUGCAUGACGACCGCGACGGGGAGAAGUCGUGGGUGGAGGGGCGGGGCCGCGGCCGCGGCUCCUUCCCGGCCCGCCGCGGGCGCUACAUGUUCCGGCGGGGCGGCAGCAGCCCCAAGUGGACCCACGACAUGUUCCAGGGGGGGGAGGAGGGCGAGCUGGGGGACGACGCCAUGGAGGCCGAGCAUAAAGAGCCCCACGCCCCCCGGGGGGGCCGCCGCCAGGAACCCGGGGGCGGGGGGGGAGCAAACAACGGGUCGUCAGACCUGAAGCAGAGGACCACAAACCGGCUGAAUGGGGCUGUAAAUGCCUCCGGCUCCAUCCAGUCAGAGCUGGUUCAGAGCAGCGAAUGA